ACACACACACACACCAGUUGCUGUCGCAACCUGAACGAAUACGCAGCGCUUUUGUUGGUGUCGCGUCCCGCCUGUUUGUGUCUCACGGACCGCUACUUUAAUGUUUAAAGUAUAUUUUUGAAAUAAUAAUUCGACCGUUUCCGUUCGACGCGAAGUGAAGGGAAUAACGUGCUGUGUGAUUUUUGUUUUUUUUUUUAUUUUUUGAUUUUUGUAUUGUGUGGUGCCGUGCAUCCAAAAGGGAUUACUGUUGCGUCUUUAUCCGAAUGGCCUUAUUGCGAAGCCAACAGAACAGAUGACCAAGAAAUCCAGGAAGAAAUAGAAAUGUACAUUAUCAUACAUCGAUAGAAUACAGUUAGCGUUUUACAUUUUACGACUGAAGAAUUUGACUGAUUGAAAUUCAAAAUGAAUCUCUUUAAUAUAAAUAAAAACUUAAUCACCCUAAAAUGUGUUCUGUUCCUGUUCUUUGGAGCCUUAGGAAGUCUUCUACCCUUCCUACCUCUUCACAUGAACGCCAUAGGCUUGUCCAAAGAUGAAUCCGUGAUCGUAUCAGUUGUAGCUCCUUUGAUAGCGGUGCUGGGGCCUUUGGUGGCCGCACCUUUGGCCGACCGACUAGCCGGAGGCUUUGGUGGAAACCAGAGAAGCAAAACCGGAAGGUACCUCCGGAUCAUGAUCGCCUUGUGUUUCAUCAUCGGAACGAUCUUCUAUUGGCUACUGAUGGUGAUACCACCAAUUAUCAGAUCUCCUCCCAAUGUAAGCUUCUAUUGUGACCAAGAGGGUGGCUUCAUCAUUCAAGACAGAUGCGGGGCUGAAAGGACUUGCUACAACUGGGGAUCAUCGAAAGGAUCGGUUUUGGUGAAGAACUGCGUGUUUGCUUGCAACGCUACGACUACAUACUCUGGUGAAGUUACGACAGCGUACCCAGACGAAACUGAAGGUACCUACGAUGACAACGAUUACACCGACAACAGCGGAGAUGAAGGAGCAGAAGUUGAUGUAAGCAAUUUAUACAGUCAAGAUUACUCCAGCAAUAGGAAAUACACCGGUAUAGUGCCGCAUCCCCACAUGUGCUAUCAGAACGACAAAAAAGAAACCAUAUGCGAAGUCUACACGGAAUACUCCAACCCCAUAGACUUCAAAAUUGGUCUGACCCCGCACAUAGACAACCCUAGCAACGAAUCCGAAGCCGACUAUUGCAGAUACCCAUUCGCUGAUAAAUUCCAUUGUCGCAUUACAAGCGAAGUCGUCGAGAAUCUGACCAAUCACGGUCAGGACGAGUGCCAUCCCAUAGUGGUUUGCGAGAUACACGAUCCCUACAACAAUACCAACAGUUUGCUGAAAAGAUCACAAUGCGGUUACGACAACAUCAGCUUCUGGUUGUACCUUUUCAUUCGGUCGGUCGCCGAUAUUUUCCCAGCUGCUGCAGCUGCCCUCCUUGCGACUGCUGUGGUAAUUGCCACAAGGGAAACUUCAACUGGACGCGGUGACGUCGGUAAACAAUUUGCUGCAGGUGCUCUAGGCUUCGGUAUUUUUGCACCAUUGAUUGGAGGGGUUGCCGAUGGUAGAUUCUUGGACGCCAUGAUUUGCUUCACAGUUCUUAUGCUGUUGGCUUCCCUUCUGAUUCUCUUCGAUGGUGAAAUGCCUUUGAGUCCUCCUGAAUGGUGGUGGCACACAAAAUGCGGCCUUCUAGCUCUGCCUAUGUCGUCUGUCAGAAAGUACGGAUUGGAGAUAGGUGCGCUAAGUACGGUGCUACUUCUGUUGGGUGUCUUCUGGAACUCCAUAGAUGCAUUCUUACCUUGGCGCGUGGAAAAGAUUGCGGACGGAGAAGCCCUACUCAUUGGUUUGACCAUAGCCAUUGCAGCACUCCCCGCCAUCUUGUAUUUCAUCUGGGCUGAGAAAAUUGUUGACUAUUGCGGACAUUCCAACAUUCUCAUUUACUGCUUUGUCAACUACAUCAUUCAUCAUUUAGGUUUAAUUGUAACAACAAAUGCCUGGGUGCUACUGGUGUUUGAGUUUUUGGAAAUCUUCAGUCUUCAUUUAAUGUACAUCACUGCCGUUUUAUACUUCAGACAUUUAAUACCAAGAAAAUUGACUGCUUGUGGUCAAGCCAUUCCAAUUAUCACACACUUCUGUUUAGGUCGUUGUUUCGGUGCUCUUUUGGGCAGCAUAGCCUAUUCCGAGUAUCCGGACAACUUUAGUUGCGUCCACAAAUGGUUCACAGUAGCCGCCGCUAUUACUGCUAUCAUUUACUUCUUGACUUACCAUUUCUAUUUGAAACCAAAAUGCGCGGCUGCCACUCAGCUGCCCCCAGAUCCCGCACCAGCUGUGGUACAAAAUAUGAAUGGAAAUGGUUCAUACACGCCAUUAAGAGUAUAUCACAACGGCAAAGCCAGAAAGGGUCACUUUAGAUAUUAGUGCCUAAGUUGCAAUUCGUAUGUAUAACAUACGAUUUUAUCUAAUCUUUAAGUUUCAUCCGGCUUGUAUAAAAUACAGUUUGUAUAUUGAGCAGCUUUAAACACAGUUGUUUGGGAUUUAAAUCAAUUGAAAGAUUUAAUUUCCAAAUUAGUUUUUCUAUGUAGUAAGUUUGAUGUUUAGUAAUUUAUACUCUUGUAAAUCCUUGCUUGAUAUUGUUUUGUUUGUUGAAGAUAUAAAUGAGAUAUUUUAUGACGUUUUUUAUGUAAUUUAUGUUUUAUAUGUGACACCGUAAUUUAAGAUUUACAAUAAAUUAAUUAAUAUCCUUA